UCUUCUAGAGCAAUACAAUAAUAUUCGCUGUAGAAGUUCCCCACUUGAUCCCAAAUUCCAUAAAAUAGGAGCUCUUUCCCUCUCUCUAUCUCUAAAAAACACCAACUGAAAGAGCUCCUUCUCAACUCAACUUUUUAAAAAAUUAGGGUUUAGGGCUCGAGAAAAUCGAUGUCCGGUCUGAAUCGAUCUAGCAGCGCUGCGUUUAAGAACGGCGGCCUUCCUCCUCAAGAACUCCUCGACGAUCUCUGCAGUCGGUUUGUCUUAAAUGUGCCUAAAGAAGACCAACAAUCCUUCGAGAGAAUUCUAUUUCUCGUCGAGUACGCUCAUUGGUUCUAUGAAGAUAACUCUGUCGAGAAAAAUCCCUCCUUAAAGUCUUUCACUUUGAAGGAAUUCACUUCUUUAAUGUUUAACAGUUGUGAUGUUUUAAGACCGUAUGUAGCUCAUAUUGAUGAUAUUUUUAAGGAUUUUACUUCUUACAAAGUUAAAGUUCCUGUGACCGGUGCGAUUAUUUUGGAUGAAACUUUCGAACGGUGCUUGCUAGUGAAGGGAUGGAAAGGGACGAGCUGGAGUUUCCCUAGGGGAAAAAAGAACAAAGACGAGGAAGACCAUGCUUGUGCUGUCCGAGAAGUGCUGGAGGAAACUGGUUUUGAUGUUUCAAAUCUUCUUAACAAAGAUGACUACAUUGAAGAGAUGUUUGGACAGCAGAGGGUGCGGCUCUACAUAAUUGCUGGUGUGAAGGAUGAUACUGCCUUUGCACCCCUUACAAAAAAGGAGAUCAGUGAAAUUGCAUGGCAGCGGCUUGAUGAUCUUCAGCCAGCAAGUUACGAAGUAAUAUCUCGCAGCAUCACUGGCCUCAAGCUUUACAUGGUUGCUCCAUUUUUAGCGUCUUUGAAAUCAUGGAUUUCGUCACACCAGCUCCCGGCAGCCCCUAGACUCAAUAUGCCUCUCAAAGCUAUGUGCGUGUGGAAAGCAAGGAACAAUUCUAUAGGGAGCGGCACAGUGAUAAUGGAGAGCCAUUUAAAUAAGCCUGGAUCUGAUGCUCAUCCUCCUGACAUGGGCCCUGGCAAGAGCUUCAGAAAUUUUAGAUUUGAUACUGCGUCCAUCUUGCGAGCGAUGGAAUCUGGGUUUUCUGCUUAACUUUCAGAGCUCUUUCCUUUCCCUUUCUUUUUUUCUUUUUGUUUUUGUAAAUGCUUUAUGCUCACAUAGCUGGUUAGCAUUUCUCUUGUCACCUUCAUGCCAACUUGUUGGCUGUACCUGAUGUAUAUUGUUCGUGUCAGAAUUCCAGGUUUGGGUUUUAUGUAUAUCCUGUACAGAAGCCCGUUUGUGAUUAA